ACUGUGAGUGCUAUGGCCACUCCAACCGCUGCAGCUUCAUCGACUUCCUGAACGUGGUGACCUGUGUGAGCUGCAAGCACAACACGCGUGGCCAGCACUGCCAGCACUGCCGCCUGGGCUUCUACCGCAACAGCUCGGCCGAGCUGGACGAUGAGAAUGUAUGUAUAGAAUGUAACUGCAACCAGAUCGGCUCCAUGCACGACCGCUGCAACGAGACCGGCUACUGUGAAUGCAAGGAAGGUGCCACGGGGCCCAAGUGUGACGACUGUCUGCCCAACUACUACUGGAGACAGGGCUGCUUCCCCAACGUGUGCGACGAUGAGCUCCUGCUCUGCCAGAACGGCGGCACCUGCUACCAGAACCAGCGCUGCAUCUGCCCCGUGGGCUUCAAGGGGGUCCUGUGCCAGCAGUCCAGGUGUGAAGUGGACAAAAAGGACUGUGACGGUGCCCCCAGGGCAGGUGGCAGCCUUGGCACCAUCAUCCUGGGGGUGCUCGUCCUGCAGCUGCGUGGCUGGGUGGACCUCUGAAGGCAGAGCAGGGAGCCCAGCCCAGGCACGUCACCCGAGGGACCUGGGGAGACCAAGGUAAUGGGUGGCUCUCCCCACCAUCUCCUCUGCCUUCCUUCACGCUAGGACUUGCACAACGUCUUUCGGUCCACUUUCCAAGCAGAGAGGUAUGCAGAACAUCCAGGGCUGAGUCCUGCCCAGGAGCCCAUCCCGGGG